GAACGCUCGCGCGGCGGUGGUCACUUUGUUUGUUGUGUUUUCAGAGAAAACACCUUUUUAUUUAUUUUUAAUAUAUAUAUUUAUAUAUAUAUAUAUUUUUUUUUUUGGUCCGUGCUCACUUGUUCUACGAGAUUGCGGGUCUAGAUUGUGGACUGUACGUGAGUGCAAUUGGCUCGGCUAGGCCUGAAACCACAUCGCCAACACUUAUGGACUUUGCAAAACAAGCCUAACACUGCCAGCAAACGUGUGUGAAUGGAGCAGUGUGCGAGUACGGCCUCCCUGCUGGCCUCCGUGCGGGAGCAGGAGAGGCAGUUUGAGAUGCUGAGCCGAGCUCUGGAGGAGGAGCGGAGGUCGUGUGCCGGCACUUUGCCCCGCCCCCUCCCCAACAUGCAGAACGGCCGCCUUCCUUGUGAUGCAGAGAUAGAGAGGCUAACACUUAACGAGGGUUACGUCAACGGAACACAUCAUUUCAGGAUGGAGCCUGGUCAGAUGGUACAGGAGACAUACACAGUGGAGGAAGAGCCCCAGGAGUCCAACCCUGUGGUAUCUGUGGAGACCAAUGAGGAUGGCACCACAAGACGCACAGAAACCACGGUAAAAAAAGUAGUAAAGACCACUACCACACGCACAGUCAUCCCCUCAGUAUCCGACACACUUUCCUUGGAUGGCGGGGGUUCUGUGACGGGUAUUGGAGGCUACAUCACACCCAUGGACCGUGGCUACAGGCAGGCACCUGGAGUAGGUGUACCCAUGGAAUACCCCAUCCACACUGUGCCCCGCAACUACCAAUAUGGACCUCCGGGUGGCUAUGAGGACUAUCGUGCUGGACCCCCAUCUGAAUCAUACGCAAGCCUCAACAGGGGUGCUCGCAUGGAGGAUCGCUAUAGACCAGUCCAUCCGGAUGGUUAUCGAACUCUUGAUCCAAGCUACAGAGCACCCAGCAGGAACCAGCUAGACCCUUAUGCUGCUCAGCCACAGGUCGGCCGAAUGGGAAGUGCAAUGGAGCUCUCCUCAAUCCCGCGGUUUGUUCCAGAGCCAUAUGGACUGGAAGAUGAUCGGCGAAGCAUGGGCUAUGAUGAACCUGACUAUGGCAUGGGACAUCCAGUGCACUACAGCACUGUGCCCCGUAACCACCAUGGCUUUCCCCAAGGGCCACCACGUAGGACUGGGAGUUACGAGGGCACUCUGGAUGGUGAUAUGAGUGGUCCAGGGGACUUGUACUAUUGGGGAGGAGGUGCCCCUAUGGCACAGGGUGAAAGAGGAAGCAUGGCUUCAUUGGACAGCACUCUGAGGAAAGGCCCAGGUCCAGGUGGCUGGCGUCAGCCAGAGCUGCCAGAGGUUGUUGCCAUGCUCAACUACAGGCUGGAUCCAGUCAGGAGCAAUGCUGCUGCAUACUUGCAGCAUCUCACUUACAAGAAUGAUAAAGUGAAGUCAGAGGUUCGACGAUUGAAAGGCAUCCCAGCGCUAGUUUCUAUGCUUGACAACCCAAAUAAAGAGGUUCACUACGCAGCCUGUGGAGCGUUAAAGAACAUUUCGUAUGGUAAAGAUCCGGACAACAAAAUUGCCAUCAAGAACUGUGACGGAGUGCCUGCCUUAAUUAGGCUUCUGAGGAAGACCCAUGACCAGGACCUUACUGACUUAAUCACAGGGACACUUUGGAACCUGUCAUCCCAUGACUCGGUAAAAAUGGAGAUUGUGGACCACGCAUUACACGCCCUCUCCGAUGAAGUGAUGGUGCCUCAUUCAGGCUGGGAACGUGGGAGCAAUGGUGGAGGAGGAGAGGAAAACUGUAAGCCCAGACACCUGGAGUGGGAGACAGCUCUCACCAACACAGCGGGCUGCCUGAGAAAUGUGAGUUCGGAGCGAAGUGAAGCAAGGCGGAAGCUGAGGGAGUGCACAGGAUUGGUGGAUUCUCUCAUGUACAUCGUCCAGUCCCAGAUUGACUGUAAAGAUGUUGACAAUAAGCUCAUAGAGAACAGUGUGUGUCUGUUGAGAAACCUAUCCUAUCACGUGCAUCGUGAAAUCCCAGGGUGUGAGCGGUACCAAGAAGCUGCACCUGUUAACCAGGGCCCGGCCCCGUCCAGCCAGAAGGGCGGCUGUUUUAGCUCACGCAAGAGUAAAGAUGAGUGGUUUUCCAAAGGAAAGAAAGAUGAGGAUCCAGCUGCAGACAUAAUAGACAUUCCAAAGAGGACCACACCUGCAAAAGGCUAUGAGCUGUUGUUCCAACCAGAGGUGGUCCGCAUCUAUACCUCUCUGCUCAAGGAGUCUAAGAACCCCACCGUGUUGGAGGCCUCAGCAGGAGCUGUUCAGAAUUUGUGCGCUGGACGCUGGACGUAUGGCCGUUAUAUCCGUGCCCUGCUACGCCAGGAGAAAGGUCUGCCCAUGAUGACUGAACUACUGGCUCACGGCAAUGACAGAGUGGUUCGAGCAAUGUCAGGAGCCCUCCGCAACCUGGCGAUUGAUGCUCGUAACAGAGACCUACUGGGUAAGCACGCAGUGCCUCACCUAGUGGCGAACCUUCCUGGUGGCGGUCAGAGUCAGCCCGUGCGAGCGCUGUCAGAAGAAACAGUGGUGUCUGUGUUGAGCACGCUUCAUGAGGUGCUGGGCUCUAGCUUGGAGGCUGCAAAGACUCUCAGGGCCUCACAAGGAAUUGAGAGGCUAGUCCUCAUCAAUAAGGACGGCAAUCGUUCAGAGAGGGAAGUCCGUGGAGCUGGGCUGGUACUGCAGACUGUAUGGGCCUACAAGGAGCUGCGGCGCACAUUGGAGAAGGAUGGAUGGAAAAAAACAGACUUCAUGGUGAACCUUAACCCUCCCAGCAGCAACACGAGGACCAAUGGAGGAUAUGAGGACAGCACUGUGCCUCUCAUAGAUAAAGGUGACAAAGGUGAACGAGAAAUUAUUCCAAUGAAUGACAUGGGACCAGACGCCUACUCCACACUGGACCAGCGAGGGAGAAGGAACACUCUGGACAAUACAAUCGAGCCCGAUGAUAAAGAUGCAGUACAGGGAGUGAGGUUUGGGGCGGGUCGGGCCUCUUUGCCUCUACUGGAUUCUUAUGAUGAAAAACUGAUAGUGUGCAUUACAAAGCGACAUCCUCCUGGCCACUGCCCUUGCUGAACUGACAAAGAGGGACCAGAACACUACCAAGGGGACAAGCCACCACCAUUUUCUUACUCUCCUCUGUCCUCUACAUGCUUUUGCAGCACAUCUUCAUGACAUUCCUCCUUUUUGCAGCUGACAAGCCAAUGAAACACCCAAAAAACUGGAAAAGUGAUGUGGCUCUAUGACAACAAGAUUGUGACACUUUGACCACUUUUUACUCUCGAAGUCCCUAAACUACACAACGAGAAUGAGUCAGAGACUCUGAUAAAGACCCUUCUACCCUACAUCUCUGCUUACAUACACUACAACUUGCCUGGAAAACACUAAUGCUCUAUUUCAGGUCUGACAGUUGGGAUUGGAACAUGACGUUUGGGGGAAAUUGUACAUGAAUUUGUUUAAAAGAAAUUUAGGGGUUGUGUAAUCCCCCCCCCCCCCCUUAAUGGGUGUGGACUACAGAAAGAUUUGUUACCAUUGAGAAACUGUUGAUUGAGUGACUCUGAUACAUGGAUUUGUGUUUUGUAGUGGUUAUUCCUGUUUUUGCUUUGUGCUGUAUCACGUAUACAUGUGCCAAAUGACAAUGCCGCCACUAUAACUGCCAUUGCUGAAUUCUCCUUUUAACAACUUUGAUGAAGCAGUCAUCAGCUUUUUGUACAGCUUUUUUCUUUGUGAAAGUCCAUCCCUUGGAAGCAGGGGCAUUCUACAGUUUCUGUAUUUGAUAUCAAUAUACAUGGGUGUAGGUUUUGACUUUGGGGUAUCCUAUGAAAGUCUUCACCUGUGAUGUCUGAUAUAUCGUGCUAUCUACCGCAAAUCCCUUACAUUUGUAAUUCAUCAGAGGCAAUUUCUUUGAUUUGCAAGUCCAUAAUCUGAAUGUGUAAUACAGUACUGUUUUUAACAGUGUUUGUGUGGGCCAACUGGAGUGCCUUGAAUACUCAGGACAGGUAUGAUGGGUGUGUCAAACCAUAAUGUGGCUAGUCAAUCACUGUCUCACUAUAUGGAAUGCUGGCGUUUUGUCUUCUCCCAGUUCAUGGAAUACAUCUGUUUUUGAGUAAGCAUUGAUUUUUGUUAAAUGUGGUUCGAAAACAAGACUCUUGUGUUCUGUAUAUGUGCGCCACAAACACAUAGCCUGCCUGCCUUGUAAGUCUACAGAACACCACAUGCGAGAAGAAAGUUGUCUUUUUUUGCCCACAUUUUCAAGUUCUGUGCGUAUUCUGUAGAGGACAACACACACUAGUGCAAAGUAAGAUGUAGAUAAUAAUGAAAAAAAAAGCACGAGGUGAUGUUUCCCUUUGCUUCAGUUUUUCCAUGCCAACUGCCGAAUUUUCAAGUUGCCUUGAAUAGUGGACUGACAAAAAGAAUGGUAAAUUGGAAGGGAUUGUGUUGGUUUCUCUUAGGAGGCAUAGACCAGAAAUUUCCUGUUAGAUGGAGGGAAAAAAAAAAAAAAAAAACCUAAGUUAAAGCACAUUUAUACGAUACACACACACACACACACAUGAGAAUAUUUGUUAAUUUUAUGGCUAUGUAUUUUUUUUCAUAUUGAUUUGGGUUUAAUUGUUUUGGGUGCAUUGGUGAACGCAUAUGCAAUCAGUUUUUGUUAGAUUGAAAACAUUUGUCUUAAUUACAAGCUUAAGAAAGAUCCGUCUUCAUCUACUAUUGGAACCUUAACAUUGAAAACUGAUUAUGGACGACACCUUAAUAUCUGCCUUGGCUCUUAAAGUUGCACAUUUAUGAAUGACUUACUAGCAAUGUUGUUUUUAAUAAAAAAAGAUGAUUUUUG